AUGAAACGAUCUGGAAAAAAAAGUGUCGAAAAAAGUCGUCAAGAGUCUCACAAACAAACUUCUUCACAGGAAUUUGUAAGUUCUGAUUCUCCCAAACAAACGUCGAUAUCGAAACAACAAUCCACAGCUUCCAGAUCCGGUUCUAUCAAAACUCAAAAACAAGUGUCGAAACAGGAAUCCGCAGCUUCCGGUUUCAGUUCUACCAAAACUCAAAAACAAGCGUCGAAACAGGAAUCCGCAGCUUCCGGUUCCGCUUCCGGUUCCGGUUCUAUCAAAACUCAAAAACAAACGUCGAUACCAGAAGCUUCGGAAAAUAAUGGGCCAUUUCGCUUAGUGGAAUUAACGCCCAUUACACGCACAGCCGAACCGUAUAGGAGCAAUGUACAUAGGGAAUUAACGCCCAUUACACGCACCACCAAACCGUAUAGGAGCAAUGUACGCAUCGCCGAACCGUAUAGGAGCAAUGUACGCACCGCCGAACCGUAUAGGAGAGAAUUAACGCCAAUUAUACGUGAACCUUAUAGUAGUAAUUGGACUAGAGAUGUAAAUGAAACGUAUGAUCUCCGAGAAGAAAAUGCCUACUUACGGGGAAGAAUCGACGAAUUAAAUCGGCAACUCGAUAAUGCAAAUGGCGAGUUGCGUGACCUACGGCUAGACGUUGGCCAAUUACAAUCGUAUAACAAUAUACUUAGUCAGGAAAACGAUGGCUUGCGUCACCGACAUUCAUCUGACCUUCAAGAUAUCGAAUUUGAAGAGGAUCAAUGACCAACAAAGCGUAGGAAAGGAAAAAAUCUUGUGCGCGAUU